CCGAUUAUCCACAUCGUGCAAAGUUUCAGCAAUGAGACUCAAAGGAUCUUGGACAAUGUCCGUUUUGCGGCUUUUCGUCUUUCUGGGAGCCAUAACUUUUGUCUCAGGCCAGCCGCCACCAAACAGACCUCUUCUCAUUUAUAACUGUGCAAAAAUGCCUUCGGUUUGUCGAAAUGUCAACCAGAGAAAUCCUCUCCAGACUAUUCCCGGAAAUGCUGCUGCUGGUAAUCUUGGACUGCUGAUCCCAGGUCAAAAUGGAGGACAAAAUUUCAUCACUCUCACCUUUGAUACGAAUAACGGUAAUAAAAGAGCACGACGAAAUGCAGCUUGCCCGUCGAACUAGAAGGCACAAAUUCAGAAUGCUUGCCCAAAGAAUGAGAUGGAAUCCCAACGGGCUCCUUUUCGGGCAGGCUGGCUACAACGUGAUUGCCAAUCAGGCUCAGACCGGUCCAAGUGGGAUGAUGUGGACCUGUGAUGAGUGGCCACCUGCUAUAGUCGGGAUGCUGAUCGUGAUAUUUCUCCAGGAUAUCCAAGGCAAUAUUCAUAGCGCUCUGCGAAAGCGUAUUACAGACGCCCGAGCAGCCGUGUCACCACCUGCCGGACAGUAUCCGUUUUCUUUCCAAACUGCUGGGCAGGACAUUGGUGGAGCUCCUAGUGCUGCUGUAGUAUGGUUCCAGUUGCUGCAAACUGUGAACUCAGUAUACCAAAGAGAAAUAGGUCAAACUCUUAUGUAUGUUGAUCUCGUCUAUGAAAACGGCUCCGCGGCAUCAUUCGCUCGGCCACUGACAGAGACUGAGGAGGCGGGACACACCGAGUUCUAUAAGCGUGUCAAGCGCGAGACGGAAGCUGUUAAACUGAUCAGUAGUGGCAAUGCGUCGCAGUUUCCAGUCUUGCCACCUGUUCAGCAAAGAUUCGAAACACUUCUGGUGGCCCCUCCUCUUCCCAUUAUUGCCAUCAGAGAUAUUUUUGUGAAAAGAUUGGCACGCCUACCAUUUCACUCAUAUAUGAGCGGGAUCAUGGGUAUUUUCCAAGGAGCAAUACCCACAACCGCAGUGCCUCAGCCCACAAUUUCCAAACCAAUUCCCACCAGCUCUGCAGCAGCUCAUGGAUUGAACUUGACGCGACGCACUGUCGAUGAUUCCUACCCUCUGACGCAUGAUCUUCAUCGACGUCAGGUAACAACAUGCCGUGCUGGCAAUCCUUGCUCCGACGGCUCUUGCUGUAGUUCAGGAGGUACUUGCGGUUAUGGAAUACAAAACUGCGGCACUGGUUGCAGUAGCAAUUACGUCAUCCUUCAGGUUGGAACCGACUUCUGUAGCUCCCCAAUCCCUGGUUCACCUUGCCAGGCAAGCUUUGGUUCUUGCUCUCUCGUUACGGCUCCCGCGUGCGGCGGCAGCUCAGCGCUCGGCCGAAACAUUGCCUACUAUCAGGUUGGGAACAACCAUGGACGCGAGUGCCAACGCAUCAGUCCAGCGCAGAUCAACACAGCGGGUUUGACUCACAUAUUUCUUGCGUUUGCGAGCAUAGACCCGGCAACAUUUGCCAUCGUCCCUACCGAUGCUCGUGAUGUGCCUUACUAUACUCAGUUCACUGCUCUCAAGACGUCCACACUUCAGACUCAGGUUGUCAGCACAGCUAGCAAUCGAGCUGCCUUCAUAUCGUCUCUAAAGAGCUUUAUGCUCCAAUACGGGUUCCCGGGUGUAGAUAUCGAUUGGGAGUAUCCAGGUGCUCCUGAUAGAGACGGUGUUCCCAGUGACACGGAAAACUUUGUUUCGCUCCUCCGGGAAAUGCGAGCAUCGUUUGGCACAGAGUUCGGUAUCAGCGCUGCGCUACGCUACCUGCUUCGUACUGGUACUGUACCUGAGGUGGUUCGACCCGGUGGCAAUGGAACCGGUGCACAUGGAUUGGUCCUAGCGAUCCGGGUCCCUGCAUGCACUGCUUACCCAGGCAUAAUGUCGUUACAAGAAAUCGCGAAUCUGAUUCCCCAGCUGGGCAUCACGCCGAUGAUUCUGGACUCGACUGCCAUGAUGAAAUAUCUCGUUUGGAGUAACCAGUGGCUCGGCUACGAUGAUCUCGAGACGAUCGCGAUGAAGAAGACAGACAUGGGCCAGUUCUCAUUGUUUCGGAGGAACAAUGACAUGGAGUAUUGAUCUCUUCUCUGGUUCAGGUUCGGGCAAUACUCCUAACGGCAACUCCACGUG